AUGCUGAAGCUACCACUCCGCGUCCACCGUGCCCUCUUGCCGGGCAACGAGAAGUCAUCCACUCGAUCGUUCCCACCAUCUAACCUCACUGGCGGCAUUGUACGGCCUUCAGUCAUCCACCCCAUUGGCAAAUUCCCCGUAGAAUUGACUUUAGAAGGGCGUGGCUUGCAAGGGCGAUGGUACAUAUGCUCGCUGGCGCCUUCGAAUGAUGAUAUGGCGGAUCGCAGAGCAUCAGAAGAUUAUCUCGUCCGAUGUCAGAAACAUGCCAACAAGAUAUAUGGCGGGAUCAAGGGCAUUAUACACCAAGCGACUCGCAUCAUCGACCACGGUGAAGAGAAGAGUGGGUGGAAGACGGACUUUGACACCGCCGGUGGUACGAUCAGCAUGCAAUUUGAGGCCGGAAUCAACCCGAUGACCAAACCCGCGUGCGGCAUGAAAGUUCGCGGCGGUCUAGAAGUCAGGCACAGCCUCGUCAUUGAACUAAUCGUGGUCCAGGACUUCUAUUCAAAUCGUAACAUCACUCCUUUCAAACCUACCGGCGCUGCUCGUCUACUACGCAUGCAGUUCCGUCUCCAUGUCACGGAGCACAGUGGUCUCGGUAUCAGCUGGGAUAUGGAGAUGCCUCCGGUCUACGGUGAUGUCCGCGUCAGCGCUCCGAAAUACGCUGAGCUGGAUGACACAAACAGUGCCAAGGAAGACUAUCGCAUGUCUCCACUUUCGCAUCCAGACUAUGAGGAGCUGGAACGUGUGGGCUAA